AUGAAGCAAUAUAAAUUUCAUUUCAGAAGUUUACUUAUAUGCUUAAUUUCAUUGAUUGCUUAUUACAGUGUUUGUGUACAUUUAUAUUUGAAUGUUUCUCCUCAUUGGAUUUGGUCCUUAUAUUUAAGCCCUAUAUUUGUAAUAUCUGUAAUACUAUUUAGUUUAUUUUAUGUGAGUGUAGCUAAUUAGUAAUAAGUAAAAUUUAUAUAUUUACAUUAGAUCUAAUCAGAUAGUGAACAAGAUUUCUGUAUCACAGUAAUUUUACUCACAUUUAUGCUUAUUUGGUGGCCUAUUUUUAUUAUUAUAUAUCUCCAAAUAUUUGGAUAUAUAUUGAUACCUUUUGAAGCAGAUACAGGAUAUCUAAUAAAGAGAAAUACAAGUAAGUAUUAUAAUGAAGAAUACGAUACGAUGAUAUUUAAUUUAAGCAAUAAUUAACAAGGCAUUGGUUGUUACUCAAAUUAAAAUGAUGCAUCAAUUGUAGAGUAUCCACUUCCUUAUAAAUAUUACUAUUAUGGGAAUGAUAUCAAAUUACCUUCAUGGUUCUGUCUUCCUUAUGAUACUAUCAUUUAAGAGAAAGAAUUAAUAAAAUUAUAUGCAAGUAAAGAUUAAAUAAUUGAUGAUAUGAGAAUAAUUACUUUUUAAUACCCUAAUUAUAUAAAUCAAUCUUUUUGGAUUGCAUUUAUUACGACGAUAUUUUAAUUUGCUUGUAUUUUUUCAUCUAUUUUGCUUCUUGCCAUACUUUUAAUAAUUGAUUAACAUUCAAUUGAGUCAAGUAUUAGAAAGCCUUCAAGAAAGAAAAGAAUAAUAAAUUUUAUUUUAUCUUUUACUUUAUAUGUUUUUAUGAUUUCAUGUAACAAUCUAAUCAUCACUAUUGUUUCUUUGUUAGUAGGAUUAUUAUUUUUAAUUUGGAGUUUAUUUAAUAAAAUUCAUGAUCAUUUUUAUUAAAUGAUUAAAGGAAUGUAUAAAAUGGUUACACAUUGGAUUCAAUACAUUCCGAUUACAGUCAUAGCAAUUAUUCUAAUUGUCAUUUAUGUUAUUUUUAUAUUGCUGGUAAGUUAAUGUGUUAUACAUUUUAAAAUUUUCUUAUGCCGACAUUUCGUAGCUUUAUGGAAAGGAUAAAUUGAGGAACAAUUAGAAGGGUAUGAUAAAUUUAUAAAUAAAUUAACAGUUUUGACAUGGAUAUGGAAUAUUAUUCUUAUUGUUUUGUUAGUAACAUAAAGUAAUUCUUUACCUUUAAUGGUGAUAUCAAUAAUUCUGUCUGUGGUAUAAUUAAUAAAUAUUCCCAUUGUUUUACUAUUUACAAAUAAACAUAGCAUCUUUGAAUAAUAAUGGUGCAUUUAUUAUACUAACUAUAAGAUUAUUAAUUAAUAAUGCACAGAUCAUGAAUAAUAAAAUUAGUUCCCUAUGGAAUUACGUGAAAUUGAAUUAAAUAUAUAAGAAGAGAAAAAUUGUAAAUGA